UUGAAAUACUUGAAACUUGAAAUACAAACACGCAGGAGGAGGUUAGAGCAAAGGCAUUCUCCACAGAUCACUUUCUACGGAAGCGGCAGUAAGUGAAGGUGCAGAUCGAAAAGCAGCCUCCCAGCACACCUUUUGCUUUCCGACCAGCCAGUACAUCGAAAUGGGAAAGGAAAAGUUCCACAUCAACAUCGUGGUCAUCGGACAUGUCGACUCCGGCAAGUCCACCACCACCGGUCAUCUGAUCUACAAGUGCGGAGGAAUCGACAAGAGAACCAUCGAGAAGUUCGAGAAGGAAGCCGCCGAGAUGGGCAAGGGCUCCUUCAAGUACGCCUGGGUGCUGGACAAACUGAAGGCAGAGCGUGAGCGUGGUAUCACCAUCGACAUUGCUCUGUGGAAGUUUGAGACCACCAAGUACUACGUGACCAUCAUUGAUGCCCCUGGACACAGGGACUUCAUCAAGAACAUGAUCACCGGUACCUCUCAGGCUGACUGCGCUGUGCUUAUCGUUGCUGCCGGUGUUGGUGAGUUUGAGGCCGGAAUCUCCAAGAACGGGCAGACCCGUGAGCACGCUCUGCUGGCCUUCACGCUCGGUGUGAAGCAGCUCAUCGUCGGAGUCAACAAGAUGGACUCCACAGAGCCCCCUUACAGCCAGUCCCGUUAUGAAGAAAUCACCAAGGAAGUGAGCACUUAUAUCAAGAAGAUCGGCUACAACCCCGCUACUGUUUCCUUUGUCCCCAUCUCUGGAUGGCACGGAGACAACAUGCUGGAAGCCAGUGAGAAGAUGAACUGGUUUAAGGGAUGGAAGGUUGAGCGCAAGGAGGGCAAUGUCAGUGGAACCACACUGCUGGAGGCCCUGGAUGCCAUCCUGCCCCCAGCCCGGCCCACCAACAAGCCCCUCCGUCUGCCCCUGCAGGACGUCUACAAGAUUGGCGGUAUUGGAACUGUACCCGUGGGCCGUGUUGAGACUGGUGUCCUGAAGCCCGGUAUGGUCAUCACCUUUGCUCCUGUCAACCUGACCACUGAGGUGAAGUCCGUUGAGAUGCACCACGAGUCUCUGACUGAAGCCAGCCCUGGUGACAAUGUCGGUUUCAACGUGAAGAAUGUGUCCGUCAAGGAAAUCCGUCGUGGAAACGUGGCUGGCGACAGCAAGAACGACCCACCCAAGGGAGCUGACAACUUCACCGCCCAGGUCAUUAUCCUAAACCACCCCGGCCAAAUCAGUGCAGGUUAUACCCCCGUGCUGGAUUGCCACACGGCUCACAUUGCCUGCAAAUUCACUGAGCUCAUCGAGAAGGUCGACCGCCGCUCUGGCAAGAAGCUUGAGGACUGCCCCAAGUUUGUCAAGUCAGGAGAUGCCUGUUUGGUCUGUCUGGUUCCAUCUAAACCCAUGGUUGUUGAAGCUUUCGCAACUUGUGCUCCACUGGGUCGCUUUGCUGUGCGUGACAUGAAGCAGACCGUGGCCGUCGGUGUCAUUAAGACAGUUUCAAAAACAGAAGGUAGCAGUGGAAAGGUCACAAAGGCUGCUGUAAAGGCUGAGAAGAAAAAAUGAAUUCUCAUACAGGAUGUCCAACAAAAAAUCACAUCUCAGCAGCCAUCCUCUUUUCAUCCCAACGCUGUUUUCUGGCUUAUGAUGAAUAAAAGCCAUCGGAAAAAAUUUCGCCGGAAAUGAAGGCUUCUGGCUUUUAGAGAAAAUUAGGUUGAAACUAAAAUAAUAAAAAAUCUUAAACAUUC